AUGCUGCACCCCCUCUGCGAGGUCGUGCAAUACCCGCAGCAUGCUGCCCCCGGCACGACGCCCCUCAUCCUGAUCCACGAUGGCGGCGGCACCUCUUUCGCCUACCACUGCCUCGACCCGCUUCGCCGCCCUGUAUACGCCAUUGCCAACCCCCACUUCCACUCAGGCGCCCCCCUGGGCCCUGGCGGCAUCCGCGAGAUGGCCGAGUUGUACGUCGCCAUGGUGCGCCGCACUGUCGACUCGGACGACUUCCCCGACAACGGGGCCGCCCGCGCCCAGGGUCGCCGGGCCUCCUCAUGGUGGACUCACAUUCCUCUCUGGAAGGACUAUCAGACGGAGAUACAGAAAGUUCGGAGACAAUGUGGGUCGAUGACAGAGGACCCUCCCAGGAAGAACGUCCUGCUGGCGAGGCAGGCCAUGACGGCCGCCGUGGAGAUGAUUCAGAGCUGGGAGCUGCCGCAGUGGCCAUGGCAGGACGACAGGCCGGCCGAGGUCGGCGUCAACGGCUACUCGGCCACGGUGCCCCGCGUGCCUGGGGGUCCGCCGCCGACGGUGCUCCUCAAAGCCACGGACGGCGUGCCGACCAAGGUUGCUGGUGAGGUGAGCCGGGUCGACCUGUUUCGAGACCAGCGAGAUCUGGGCUGGGGGAAGUACCACCCUGGCUUCAUUGGCGAGGUUCUCGACGUCGACGGCCAUCAUUAUGGCCUCUUUGACUGGGCUCGGCUCUCGGCCACGACGAACAAGAUCAAGGAGGCGUGCGAGCUGCUUGAGAAGAAGCCCACAUGGAAUGAGAAGCGCGCAUAG